AGCCCCUCCCCCACCCCCACCAAAUUUGCCGUACUCUUUCACUAAAUCGGAAAACAAAACAUAUGACUUUCACUUCUUGUUAUUGUCCGCAUGUUUUUUAAUACUUAGGAAUUGAAGAAAAUUUCUCAGAAUUAUUGCAUUUGUAUCUUUCGAGCAGGCAUGAAGGGCGAGAACAGCUUGUCUGUGACCUUAUUUACAUUUUUGUGUUGAUCUGCCCGUGGGUCGACUAGCGCACAGACGGUUAUAGAUUAGUCCGUGGAAUGUUGCGGCAGAGCAUAACCUUUGCCUUCUGAAAACUCCCAUUCGAUUUUAAGGUUAUUCAGCAAAUGAUGGGGGGAUGUGUGUGUAAAGAAGAGGACACCACCCCUCUGCCCAACAGCUCCAGCAAUGGACUCAUCGAUGACCACUAUAGACCUAUUUCUCAAUGUGGAUUUAAAUCGGCCUCAGCUGCUGCUGCUCUGGAUACUGUGGUAGAUGACUUAGUACUUGCUACUUUAAAUGUAAUAGAUACAUAUGUUGAAACAGAUCAAGAACCUCCAUCAUCAAUAUUAACUCUACAUGCUAUUGCUGAUCAAGAAGAUGGUUGGAUUCAAGUUGUUACUUCCAUGAUUCGAGUGAUUCCAAUUCACCACCCACUUGGUCCAGCUGUCAUAUUUUUACUCUUUGAUGACUGCCCCCUGCCCACUAAGGAAUGUGUCAUGAAAUUAUCAUCCAUCCUCAACCUUUCGAUGCAACUUUACUCUCAAGGCGCACCUCAACAUAGAAAUACAUGCGUCUUGUUGGGGUUAUUAGCAGAGAAAUUAUCAGGACCUAGUAGCAUAGCUAUUUUGACAGAUACAACAUUAAACUACCUUAUCAAAAAUUUGGACCCAAAUGCAGAACCACCCGUAAUAUUAUUUUCCCUCAUAGCUCUGGAAAAGUUUGCUCAAACCACUGAAAACAAAGUGACUAUCAAUAAGCAAUUAGAAUCUAUGGAUGUACACCCAAUAUUGCAAUUAGAAAAAUGGGUUGAUUCUCAAUGCUUUUUCAAACGCCAAGUUGGCUUCUGUGCACAAUGGUGUCUCGACAAUAUCUUUAUUGUUAAGGACAGAGUAUUUUCUUACCAAUGUGUAAAUGUCGAAGGUAUCAAUGUUAUGCUUAACACUAAGGAUGUGAGCGAGUACCUGAAAAUCUCACCAGAUGGGCUGGAAGCACGGUGUGAUGCUUAUUCUUUUGAAAGCGUUCGUUGCACAUUCCAGGUUGAUAGUGGUGUUUGGUAUUAUGAAACACUAAUAAUUACUCCUGGUGUCAUGCAAAUUGGUUGGGCCACAAAAGACAGUUCAUUUUUGAAUCACGAUGGAUAUGGGAUUGGUGAUGACGAACACUCUCUAUCUUAUGAUGGAUGCCGACGUUUGGUCUGGUACAAAGCACAUAGUCAGAAACAAAACAGAGAUGUGUGGAAACCUGGGGAUAUUCUAGGGUCAUUACUUGACAUGGAUAAGCAAGAAAUCAUAUUUUAUAUCAAUGGAGAUCCCCUUCCACCUUGCACAGAUGUUUUCCACACUGCAAGCACUGGAUUUUUUGCUGCUGCAAGCUUUAUGUCCUAUCAACAAUGUAGAUUUAACUUUGGUUCUCAACCAUUCCGCUUUCCUCCUAUUGACCGAGAUUUCAAAAGUUUUAAUAGUAAUGCUCACCUAAAUCCUGAAGACAAGGUUAUCCUUCCAAGGCAUAUAUUUUUGCAACAACUUAGUAAGCUCAGUGUCAGAGAGGAUUCUUGCACUCUCUGCUUUGACAAAAAAGCAUCUGUGAGACUUGUUCCAUGUCACCACAGGGGCUUUUGCUCAAGGUGUGCUGACCAACUCCAUGAAUGUCCUAUGUGUAGAGCACCAAUCAAGAUGAAAGUUGACAUGCCGUGAAUCAUACUACGUAUCUCAGCAUCGUAGACAUCAAACUGAUAUCAGUGACAAUGUGUGGCAAUGAGUCUCUUCCUUGCGCUGUGGAAGCUGUUUGUUGUGUCUUUAGGAAAACUAGUCAAAAUAAUAAUUUUCCAUCCAGUAACUAUAAUUUUGUAGGUAGUCCCUUCAAAGUUGCCUUUAUAUCUGUAUCAAAGUUUUUUAAAAGGCUGUUUCUUUGUUUGUUAUUUUAAAAUUUGAACCAGAUUCUUGCGUGAAUUAGAGCCAGUUACUUUCAGCCUUGUAAUGUUAACAAUUUGACAACCUGUGUUUAUUAUUUUGUCUAGAUCUACUGUUCUGAUUUUUGGUUAACAAUGGUAUAGUGAUCGUCAUCAUGCAUUUCUGCUUCUCUGGGAUUUGAGUGAAUUACACAUCUGGUCGAUCAAGAAAAGUAUUUAACUCACUGUCCACAGGCAUUUUAUUGCAUGUCUUACUGAGAAUCCCAAUCUAACAUGAAAUUGAUUUAUUUGAUCUGCCACCUUAUUUCAGUGCUCAAUAUUACAUUAUGUGAAUAAUAUUUCUUUCAAACACUCAUUGGAAAAAAGCAUCCAUUUGGACAGUAUCUUGAUAAUCAGUCAGAAGUCUCAUGGGUGUUGCAUUCUAUUGGGUCUUGCCUCUUGUGUGAGUAUUUUUUUUUUGUUAUAAAUUUAAAUGUGUUGCUGUUCUUGAAGGCUGUAGAGGGUGGUCAGGGGUGUGAUUUAUGAAUUCAGAAAGUUUUGACUGCUAUGUACUUUAUUUUAUCCAUGACAAGAAGUGGAAUGAGCUAUCUCUAGUAAUAACUAUCUUGUGAGUGCUUAGCUCAGAUGUACUAACCACCAUCCAGUUACAAAUGAUUCAAUCAAGAGUCAUAAUUUUAGAUAAAUGUAGAAAAUGAACUUUUUCACUUGCCGCAAUUGUGAUUUUUUUUCCCUUGCAAAUUUACAUUAUGCUUCAUUUUAAGGAUUCAAUUUGUGUAAUGCCUCAGACUAUUUCUAAAAUCUUUGGAGGAGAAUGAUAAUUUUGUGUACAUUUUAGUGUUAUUUUCUCAGUAGACCUGGUUUGCUCCUCCUUCUCCUUUCAUAUUUGGGACUCACUGGUAUCCAGCAGCCUCAUUAACACUUUUAUACAUAAGUUCAUUUUGAUCCUUGACUAUUUAACAAAUUAGAAAAUAAUGGCUUCUGCUCAUGAUGGCCUUUCCUGCACUGUAGAUAAGCCUGAUGGCAGAUUAGUCCUCCGAGUAAUUGAAAGGGUUGUUUGUCUUUUUCCUCCUUUUACCCCUUUUUGAAAUUUCUCUGUAAGUGUAUGCAAGUACAGUAGUUACCAUGCCAACAAAAAGAAAUAACAGGGUUAUGAAACCUGCAUUGGAUAGUUCUCAAUUGCCAUUUGUACUAUCUAAUUAACAGUAGAUAUAACUUAUAAGGCCAAAAUAUUUUUUUCAUAUUUAGAUAAAUUUGAGUGUCAUUGGCAGACUGUCAAUUCUUUUGUGAUUUUUUUGUUUCAGUCCUGCAUUGAUUUUUUUUGUGUGGAUCCUCUGUUGGGGAACUACCAAGAACAGAAAUUUAGUCAGAUAUAGCAGUAAUUGAGAUUAUCUACCAGAUGAAGAUUUUCAUAAUCUUACUCAGUCAUUAUUUGUUGGUUUAAAUCUUUUAUUUCAACUGCACUUCUACCUCUCAGCUAAAUGUAAUGCGUGUAGAUUUUCUCUAUUUUUGUACACAUGACUUUUUCUUGUGGAGUUAGUCUGCUUGCGUUAUUGUAUGUGACUUACAUUUAAUAUGUAUCACAUUUUAAUGCACCUCUGUGAUGUUGAAUAAUUAGUAAAAAAUUCUAAUGUGAUAAACAAAAAGAAUGAAA